AACUCAACAACUAUACAAUCAGCUAAAACAUCAGCUGGUGGUGUUGCACUCAAGUGUUUAUUUUCAUUUGUACAAAUUAUUAGAGACUCCUAGUAUUUGCACCUAUGGCAGAGAGAGGUGCCCACUUGACCACUACUCUUCAACCGAAGCCUUCCAUAUUCGAGGUCGUAGCAUCCGAUUCUUUACACCAAACAUUUAAUCCAGCAAUACUUCGCCUGUGUAAUUACCUAGCUACUGUAAAUCCAGCGAAAUAUGGUUGGCUGGUUCGGUACUAUGAUGAACUGUUUCUGUUACUAAAUAGCGCUGUGCAGCAGUAUUACAUUCGCAUUCAAGGUGGAUCGUUAUCUGAAGUGUUUUACGGUUUAUGUCGUACAAAAUGGUCUGCAUCGACCGAAGAAGCACUGACGAACCGAUCAAAGGUCACGAUUUUCGUUUGUUUAGUGAUACUGCCUUAUCUGCGCACGAAAAUCGAAAAGACCGUGAGACACUGGCAACAGGAACUGGAUGACUAUCCGGAAUAUGUAAAAUAUCGAACGAUAAAACGGAAUGUGAGUAAAAUUUGGAGCGGUUCUGUGGCGGUGUAUGAGUGCUUGCAGAUAUUUCAAUACAUUUCCUACAUGGCCAAUUCAUCGAAAUCACAUUCGUUAUUGCUGAGGGCGGUUCGAAUGAACUUAACGUACUUACCGACAAUUCAGGAGAACGAUUGGAGUUGGAGUGAUUUAUUCAAAGGCAAUUUUAAACAUUCCGCUGUCCUUACAAGCUUCAUUUUUCGCGGCUUGGAAUUGUCGGCAUUUUUCCUGCAAUUUAUUCAGUGGUGGCAAAACGAGGCUAGCCAAGGCAAUUUAACCAAUCUACCUGUACCAGAUCCUCCAAGUCUUGAUGUCAAUGGCACAAAAUAUAAUGGAAAAUGUCCGAUUUGUUUGCAGGCUUGGCACAUACCAACGGCUGUUAGUGUGUCUGGGUACGUUUUCUGCUACAAAUGCAUAGCCACACAUUUGGGUAAUUCUCAAACGUGUCCGGUGACGAAUUAUCCAACAUCGAUCGACGACUUAAUUCGGAUCUUCGACGAUUCGGAGUGAACUGGGUUCAUUUUUUUUGUUUUGUUAUUGAUGUAAGCCUUACAUUGUAAGGAUGCAUCGUUAUUUCGGGUUACUUAUUUCAUGUCUAGUAAGGUUCUGAUAUUUUAAUAAAAAAAAUUCAAA